AUGGCCACGUAUGCGACACCGUUGAAAUUGGGUCCUCUGCUGUUGAAAAAUCGCGUUAUUAUGGCAUCGUUGACGCGUGACAGAAAUCUCGUCCCCGGUCCACUGCAACUUCAUUUUUCUAUUCUAGCCGGGAUCUAUAACGAUGAACAGGUGGGAGGCUGGAAGAAAGUAGUGGACGCUGUCCACGCUAGUAACGGCCUGAUAUUUCUUCAGCUAUGGCAUAUCGGACGGGUUGCUCAUCCGCUCCUUCAGCAUGGUCGAGCCAAUGUUGCCCCAUCGGCUCUGACAGCACAAGGCGGAAAAUUCCGGCAACUAGAAGGAAAACCUGGCUAUGUGCAGCCGGAAGCUAUCGAAGAUCCGGAAAAAUACAUCGUCUUGUACAUACGAGCAGCGGAACGAGCGAAGCAAGCAGGAUUCGAUGGUGUUGAACUGCACAGUGCCAACGGCUAUUUAGCGCAUCAGUUCAUCGAUAACACGUCCAACCAUCGGACAGAUCAGUGGGGUGGAUCAGUAGAGAAUCGCUGUCGGUUUCCGUUGCGUGUGAUCGAUGAAAUCUCGCGCGUCUAUGGCAACGAUCGUGUUGGUAUCAAACUUUCACCGGGCGGAGGAUACAACGAUAUGGGCAUGAACGAAAAAGAUACUGUUGAAACGUACAGCUAUUUGAUCAAAGAACUCAAUGCCAGAAAGAUUGCCUACAUUCAGUUGGCACGUUACUGGGCCUUAGGAGAUCCGGUGAAACGCGGUACCCCGAUUGACGUGUUCCAAUGGAGAAACCUGAUUGAUUCGAAGCAUACGGCCCUCUUUGCUAAUACAGAUUAUCAUCCGGAAGAAGGAGCCGAAACGUUAAAAUCUGGCCAAGCGGAUGGUAUCGUCUACGGAACGCUCUAA